UGAGUUUUGAAUGAUGGUGACACGCAGUACUCAGUGACACAGAGGAAGAGACGGCAGGCACCGCACCUUCGACCAAGGUAAAGCAUGGCGAUGACCGGCCAGAGCUCAUGCUCCUCCAUGAGUAACCACACUAAGGAGAGGGUCACUAUGGCCAAAGUGACCCUGGAGAACUUCUACAGCAACCUUAUUGCCCAACAUGAGGAGAGAGAGAUGAGACAGCAGAAGCUGGAGAAAGUGAUGGAUCAGGAGGGCUUGGCUGAUGAAGAGAAACGUAUUCGGCGCUCUCAGCAUGCAAGGAAAGAGACAGAGUUUCUGCGUCUGAAACGAACUCGCCUGGGUCUGGAAGACUUUGAGUCCCUGAAGGUGAUUGGCCGAGGAGCUUUUGGAGAGGUCCGUCUGGUUCAGAAGAAAGACACCGGUCAUGUAUAUGCCAUGAAGAUACUCCGUAAAGCUGACAUGCUGGAGAAAGAACAGGUUGGUCAUAUUCGUGCUGAGCGCGAUAUUCUGGUAGAGGCAGACAGUCUGUGGGUUGUCAAGAUGUUCUACAGCUUCCAGGAUAAGAUGAACCUCUACCUCAUCAUGGAGUUCUUGCCUGGAGGUGACAUGAUGACUCUGCUGAUGAAGAAAGACACUCUGACAGAAGAAGCCACUCAGUUCUACAUAGCAGAGACAGUGCUGGCCAUCGAUUCCAUCCACCAGCUGGGGUUCAUCCACCGAGACAUCAAACCAGACAACCUGCUGCUGGACUCCAGGGGUCACGUGAAGCUGUCUGACUUUGGUCUUUGCACUGGGCUGAAGAGGGCUCACCGCACUGAGUUCUACAAAAAUCUGAACCACAGCCUGCCCAGUGACCUCAGUAAGCAAACCUUCCAGAACAUGAACUCCAAGAGGAAAGCAGAGACAUGGAAGAGGAACAGGAGGCAGCUGGCUUUCUCCACAGUGGGGACACCAGACUACAUCGCUCCAGAGGUCUUUAUGCAAAAUGGAUACAACAAGCUCUGCGACUGGUGGAGUCUGGGAGUCAUCAUGUAUGAGAUGUUGAUCGGUUACCCUCCGUUCUGCUCUGAGACGCCUCAGGAGACGUACAGGAAAGUGAUGAACUGGCGAGAGACGCUCACCUUUCCCCCAGAAGUUCCAAUAUCAGAAAAGGCCAAAGACCUCAUCCUCAGGUUCUGCUGUGAGGAGGAGCACAGGAUCGGAGCUGUAGCUGUCGAAGAGAUAAAGUCCAAUCUUUUCUUUGAGGGCGUGGACUACGACCAUAUCAGGGAGAGACCUGCUGCCAUUCCCAUCGAGAUCAAAAGCAUCGACGACACCUCCCAUUUUGAUGAGUUCCCUGAUUCUGAUAUCCUAACACCUACAGGUACUGUACUGUUCCUUAUGAAAACAUUUCAAAUUCCACGCCUCUGCUGUGAAAUGCUUGAAAACCCUGCUCCUCCUCUUCCUCCUCCAGCCACCCCAGUGUCCAACCAGACUGAGGUUGACCUGAAGAACAAGGACUGGGUCUUCAUCAACUACACAUACAAACGCUUCGAAGGCCUGACUGCCCGAGGAGCCAUACCGUCCUACAUGAAGUCAGGAAAGAGAUGAGCACCUUCAACUGGCUUUAUCCAACACCGCCACGAAAUCUGAAUGAGUCGUCCAAACCCCUGAACUUCAGGCCUGAAAAGAGAACGCUUCCUGUUCUCACCAGUACCUGACUGAUGAGGAUUCUCGUCACAGGACUUUGCAAAUAAUAAAGGGGCUCAAUUACAUCCAUUGCUUUCCACCAUAGGAACUGCUGCCUUCAUCUCUGCAGGUCUUCUUUCUCUGAUGCUUCCGAGGGUACCUCUCUACUUCUUGCUUAUACCUGAGAACAGAACUGUGGGAUUAAAGUGAUUGUGAUUCUCUCCACUUGCCUUUUCCACCAGUGGAUGCAGUGGGACGUCUUCACUCCUGAUACCAGCAUCAUCUACAUUCCCUCUCUAUAAACCAGCACCAGUCUGUUUCAUGUACCAGGGGUUCUUGUUCUAAACCAGGACAUCCACUCCGCUCUUUGCUUUAUGAUGACUUGUCAACUCAGAAGUUGCGUUCAGCUGUCACUUGAAGUGAAUAAGGUGCUCUUCAGGGAUUCUGUCCAAAUGUUUCUCGUUUCUUCUAAGAGCUCAGUGCUGCUGGCUCUUUCAGACGAUCCAACCAAAGACUUUCUGCUUCAUCUCUCUGACACGUCACGUCCUUAAACUUAGACUUUUUAUCCUUUUAUAGACUAGUACUAGGAAUAUUUGCUUGUUGAUAAGUGUGAAUAUGAAAAUGAUGCAUUUUGUGGAACAAAACACGAGUCUUUUUACAUUUACAUUUGACAUUAUGUUAAUUUAGCUUGAGCACCUUAUGUGAUUGUCUGAUCACUAAAGUCAGGCCCAUUGGUUUGUUUGGAUUGGUGUUUUCAUUCGACCGAUAAGAAAACUUUCCCCACAAAUGUCUCCAUUGUAAUAUUUUAAUGCCACAAACUUGUCAUACGUCAGUACAUCUUCCGUUCAAACUUAAAUUAAACUAGAUGAAUGGAUAUAAAAAUAGAACUGCUGAACUCACUGCAGCCGCCAAGACAAAGUGUCAGCUCCUCGGUUGAUCGACUUGCUGCAUUGAUGUAACCCUGAGAAAAAACGGGGACAAUAGUUCCAGAUUCAAAAUUGUCAGCCAUGACAAAUGGCCUCAAAUGAUCCUGGACGAAGAGAAAUACAUCUGCUUGUUAAUGUUAGCCCGUCCCUUCCCUAUUCACCUCUGCUUCAGCUGCUACAUUCACAAGACAUUGAAAUGUUUUGGAUUAUAACCGUAUGUUGAGAUUUAUUUCUUUAAUAUAUUUAGCAUAAUUGUUCAUUCCUGAGGUCAGGAUGUUUGAUAUUUCAAAUCUGGGAGCACAGGGCUAAACAUUUUCCAGUGAACACAAUAUCCAAAAUGCUGUCGAUUAAAAUGAAUGUAAAUUAAGUUGUAUGGAGUCGUGGAGAAGAAGUUCCUCUUUUAUUUUUUUUGCCACAAUCAUUUUAAAAUGGUGUUUGUGUGAGUAGUCUGGACCUUUAUUUUCAUCUUUGUCCUGAUCUGAUGUGCAACUAGAAGAAAGUUUCUCCUUUCCCAGGAGAAAAUAUGAAACCUUUGACAAUAUUGACAGCGUAAAUGUAAUCAUUUGGCCUCUUACAUGGUUGAAAUUUUCGAUUGAAAAAAGAUUCAUGAAGUCAAAUUAUAAGCAACUCUUGUAGGUUUGACUCACUAAGUCCAAAUUGAAUCAUAUUGGUUUUUAGUUUAUAAUCACAUUUUGAAAUAUAUAUAGAUAUAUAUAUCUAUAUAUAUAGUAAGAUUUACAUCAAUUUUAAAUACAGUUUUGACUUAAAGCAGACCAGUUAUUUUAUAAUUUUCACGUAAAAAUAAAAAAGACAUUUAGUUCUCUUUGUUGUUGGUUUUAAGCUUUUCUCACAUUUUCCUGUUUGUGGAAGGAAUAAUCUUCUGUAUGCACCAGCUCAGUCUGAAUGUUUUCCUUAUCUGUUGUAAAAAGCCUCUUCAGGUAGUGUGUAGAUGAAGCUCAGCACGUUGCAACACGUAGAAAAGCACACAAGGAGCUUUUUUCUUUGACUCUAUUAUUGGAAUGCUCCUGCUCCGCAUGCUAGGACCAGACAACAGAUGAGUCUGAUUCCAGCAGCAGAGCAUGUGGUCUGGUUUCAUGAUGCCACUUGGUGGGUGAGUGAAUGAGGUUUCAGAUUGUGCGUGUGGAUGUUUUCAUGAUCUGGAGAAAGGAUGCUAUGUUCUCCACAUGCAAUGCUCAGAUGUGUAUGUAUGCUGUAGCACAUGUGACCUGAGAGUGAGAAGUGAGGGGGGGUUUGGGAAUGUGGGUGUACAUUAUUUAAACCACUGUUCUCUCUGUGGCGUGUGGCUGUUUUUGUUUUCUGCUAUUUGACAAUGAAUUACUCUGCACUUA